UGACAAUCUUAGCGGUGGUCAUCCUAGUCUUUCAGCUAUGGACGGAUGUUUUUAAUACCUAUUUCCAUUGAAAAAGCCUUUGAAAGACUUGCAAGUGAAAGUUUUCCUCAGCCAGGUCUUGCUUUAAUGCUGAAAGCUAAUUUAUCAUUCGUUUAUCGAAGUCUCUGACUAGCGGCAGGGGUUAAGUAAAAUUUACUUUUCCUACGGAAAUGUGUAGAACUGCUUGUGCUUAAGCUGUGGCCGAAUCGAAUAAUCCUUGUGGAAAUUCCUAUUUGACAUGUGUCAAAAAUGCUUCAAGGUCAACACAGCUACAACGACAAACUACCCAAAAAGUUAAUGCCAAGAAAUUUAGACUAAAUCUUUCCAAGUUUAUUUUUGGAAUAAUUUUGGUAAAUCUUCUGGAACCCAUUAAACCACAAUUGAAAGUCAUUUUCGUGCAAGAUAGUGCAAUAAAUUGGAAGGUUUGAAACACCUCUUGAUCUAAAGAGAUAAGAACAGUCGUCAUACGCUUGAACCUAAAUCUCAAGAUAUUGCUAAAAAAGGACUCAAGUUGAUAAUUCUUCGGUAACAGGUUAAAGACAAGUCUACUUUUCCUAAUAGCUAAGAAAGAAAAACGACUCGAGGGAAACUUGCGGUUGCUAACGAAUUGACUGGAACAAGCUGUCACGAACUGAAUGCUUCCUAAAGUUGAUUCAAACCAAUCUCAAGAAAAAUCGGGGGAAAAGUUGAUAAUUUUAUCGUAACACGAUAAAAAAAAAAACUAACAUUCCUAACAGCCCAGAAAAAAACCCCGAAAACUUUUUUGCCGACUAAGGGUAAUUGAUUGGAACAAGCCGUCACGUUUGGACUGAAUGCUGAAUGCUUUCUGGAGUUUCUUCAAACCUUUCCAUGAUGCCUAACUCGACAAAGACAAUUCAGUGUAUGUAUACUAUGUAUUUUAUUCAAGAACCAAGCUUUGCCAUCGGAUUGAUAACAGUCGUCACCUGUUUUUUGACAGGAAUAUUGUCCAUAACUGGGGCAAUGGCAAACUCGUUGGUCUGUGGUGCCAUCCUAAGAAACCGCGACCUUCAAAAUUAUUCCAAUAUUCUACUUCUUUUGCUGUCGGUCAAUGAUUUUUUAGUAGCGUUCGUUACACAGCCGUUGUACAUUGUUCGACGCGUUCUGGAAUCCCAACAUUCGUAUAUUUGUUGGAUUACUUUAUGCUAUCGUUCAUUGUGGAAUAUUUCUAUUGGUGUUUCGUUUUUGGUUGUCACAUUGAUAUCAUGUGAGCGAUGUUUCGCUCUGUUUCAUCCGUUCAAGUAUAAAAUACAUGUAAGUGUGCCAAGGUUAUUGCUAACCACGCUGUUGUUGUCUGGUUUAUGGAUCGUCUUUGUUCUUUCGCGUUUCUUCGGUUUGAACAAUGAAAGUUACUACUACAUCACAACAUCUUUGCUCAUGAUUUUCAUCAUCAUCAUCACAAUUGCUCAUGUCAAAAUCUUCAUCCUGGCUCGCCGACAUCAUGUUCAAAUCUCCAUGACAAGUUGUGCCGCAAGCGAAUCCAACGAAACUUCGUCCGACAGAAAGCCUAGCAAAAGACGAAGAAACCACUACACUGCGCGCGAAGCAAAGAUAGCUAAGUCCACAGCCUUCAUCGUAGGAGCAGUUUUCGUCUGCUACUUUCCUCUCAUGAUCGCUCUUAUCACUAGUAAUCUUAUUAACCAUGAGUAUUUAUUUCAUUAUUAUGUAUUCCCUUGGACUGAUGUCUUGGUUUUCUUAAACUGUGUUCUAAAUCCUGCAAUUUAUUGCUGGCGAAGUAGAGAGCUUCGAACAGCUAUUGUCAAGUUGAUAGGAGUCUUGAGGAAGAAGUCUAAAGUGGGGACAAACCAAUUUAUCUCUAAGUCCUUUAAAAAAAGAAAUAAAGUCAACGGGUCUCAGCCUAAACCAACUGUUGUCCAGUGAAAAAAUCUUAAAAACGUGUGGGACGUUUUGACCUCCAUAGAACUCGGAUACAAAACCUUAGGCACAACAUGGUUGUGGAAGUUAGGGAGAAUGAAACAUUGACAACCUUCAAAACAAAUGCCAGCUCAGAGCCAUUGUAAAGCUAAAAAUACUGAGGUGUAUAAGACCUCAUGCAGUAACUAAAUUUAAGAAAAUAAAAAUAAAUUUAAAACUUCGUCA